GAAUUGGUUCCGUAACUUUGACCGCUUCUCAAAGCUUUUGCAAGCUGACGUGGUCUCUGUUUUGUCUGAACGGAGGUAUGCGGCAAGUACCACAUCGACCGCACGGAGCUUCGUCAUCGUGCGUCGAUGCAGUUGCCAUAGUAACGGAGCGGAGUAUCACUCCGCCUCGCGUGUAGGCAAACCCGCAGAGGAGUGGUCCAAAGAAGAAAGCCAGGGGCACGCAAUGGAUAGGAUCUGUUUAAUGAAAAAGCGGAUGGUGUACCCAGAGCGCUUGGAACUGGACAGUCUCAUCAAAAUAAAUAGACAGCCGCCUGCUGGGUCCUGGUGCAAUGAAUCCCAGCUCUGUGACUUGCAAGAAACAAGGCAACAGCGGCGGCCCACAGAAAUCUCCGGCCUUCAGUCAGUUGAGACGACAAUUCUGGGCAUUCCUAUGCUUCUUUCUGUGAGGUCUCUGGAUGACCUGGAACAAGGCAAUGCUGACAGACAGUCCACCAUCAGCACCAACAUCUACAGAAGCAGUAGUGAUGAAAACAGCUGCAUCCUUCAAGCUGAUGGUCAACUGUUCAUCCGUCAGAGAAUUCGCCACUUGGUGCGUGCAUUUACGGAACGUGCCCAGAGAAUCCGCCGUCGUUUGGAGUUGCCCCCUACUCCUUCCACUGUAAGCAGUGACCCAGAAGAUGGUAAUGAUCUGCGGCCCCCUCCUCUGUUCAGAAGAUUGCAGUUAACAAAUUGCGAAUCUGCUGAUUCCUCCACAUGUGCUCCUGUAGCAGGCUGUCACUCCUUCUGGGGGCGCAUCAAGUCUAUCCACUGCAACCGUACCUUGGAUCCACAGAGGUAUGAAUACAUCUCAUGGCUGUUUGUUGUGAUGCUGUGCUACAUGUACAACUGCUGGGUAAUUCCGCUACGCAACACCUUUCCUUAUCAAACUGCUGAAAACACGCCAAUCUGGCUCGCACUUGAUUACUCUGCUGAUGCCAUCUAUUUCUUGGAUGUGGCAUUCAUAAAACCCAGGCUUAAAUACCUUGAGGAGGGAUUCUGGGUUGCAGACCUCAGUCUUACAAGAAGAAAUUACAUACAAAAGUGGCAGUUUAAGAUGGAUGUUUUGUCAUUGAUGCCUCUAGACCUCCUAUAUUUCAUCUUUGGCACAGAAUAUCUCAUGCUGAGGAUCCCAAGACUCUUAAAGAUUCAGACCUUCUGGGAGUUCUUUGACAGAGUAGACAACAUGGUCUCUUCCCCAUAUGUGGUGAGAAUGGCCCGCACAUUGACAUACAUGCUGUACCUCAUACAUCUCAAUGCCUGUGCAUAUUAUGCCUUCUCAACCUGGAAAGGUCUUGGCACUAACAGCUGGGUCUUCAGCGGGAAAGGCAGUCCGUAUAUUAGAUGUUUCUAUUUUGCAACAAAGACUGCCACAUCAAUAGGAAAAAACCCAAAACCAGAGACAGAAGAAGAAAGUCUUUUCAUGACUUGCAGCUGGUUGAUGGGAGUUUUUGUUUUUGCAAUCUUAAUUGGUCAGAUGCGGGAUAUAGUUGUCACAGCCACGCGGUCUCAAACAGAGUACAAGAAAUUGGUAGAUGAGGCACUAGAGUACAUGAGGUGCCUUAAUGUACCUAACCACCUGCAGGAACGGGUCAAAUUGUGGUUCACAUUCACAUGGGAACAACAACACACACUCGACGAGAGCCGAAUCAUGGACACGCUACCACAUAAAAUGAAGACAGACAUUGCCAUUAACGUGCACAUACAGACGCUGAGUAAAGUGCAGCUGUUUCACGAUUGCGAUGAGGCUCUUCUGCGAGAGCUUGUACUGAAGUUGCGCCCUGUAAUAUUCCUGCCUGGGGACUUCAUCUGCCGCAAGGGUGAAGUGGGAAAGCAGAUGUACAUUGUGAAAACAGGGCAAGUGCAAGUGAUGGGAGGAGAGAAUGAGUCAGAAGUUCUUGCAACACUCACAGAGGGCUCUGUGUUUGGAGAGAUAAGCCUUUUGGCUAUAGCUGGGUGUAACCGAAGAACUGCUACUGUUAGGUCUCGAGGAUUUUCAAAUUUGUUUGUGUUGCGUAAAGCAGAUCUGAAUGAAGCCAUUGCAUAUUAUCCAGACGCUCAAGAGAUACUCAAGAAGAAGGCAAAGCAGUUGAUAAAGCAAAAUGCAGAUAGAGAAAGGAACAAUAAAAAAGAACAAGAAAUGGCAGAAGUAAUUAUUGGGAACAGGGUUGAAGCACCUGAAACACCUCGUCUUGUUCACACUGUCAUGCAAGUAGUGCCUGCCAAUUCCCCAACUGCUCAUUUACUCAAGUAUGGCUCACGCUCCACCAGACGAGUAAACAACACCUGGCUAAAUUGUGCACAGCCCACCACAGAGAAUCAGGUUGUAGAUCAUGUUGGUGUUCCUUCAAAACUGACUGCUCUGUGUAGGCCUAUGGAUGUGUGCAACAGUGAAGCAUCUCACCAGUGUAACCAUGCAAGUCAUAACUCAGACCAGAUGCAGGUUAAAAUAAUUAAUUCCAUGCCUCAUAUUGGUAAUAAUGAGGACAACACUUUCCAGUGUAUGGUGACUGUGCACAGAGAGAUGAGCCAAUAGCAAACUUCCUGCUAGUAAUAUUGCCUGAAGGAUUUGAAGGCACAGGAGUUUCUAUAUUACUACUUGGAUGAUAUGAAUGAAUUCAGUCUGUUCACAUUAUAACAUCCUUGGCAUGAACAGACUGUUCAUUCCUGAUCCUCUUCAUGGGACAUUCUCUCAGGCAGUUGGUUAUUUAUGAACAUAGUACACUCAACUCUCAAUUAUCCGGGAUAAUGGUGGGGAUGGAAAUCACGAUUACUCGAAAACCCGGUU